GGCCUCGGUUACCGGGGAGUUCGCUCGCCGUGGUUUGGGGAUAAUUCGGAGUCCCAAACUCCGGAACUCAUCCGGACAGGCCCCCGGGGAAGGGGAAGGAGGCGGCCCCUGGGCUGGUGUAGCUGCAGAAGCGGAGUCGCGGGAAACAGGGAGCUGAGGACAAAGGUUCCGCCUUCUCCUAAACACCCAAAUCAGUGUGACCCAAGCUUGCCCAGACCCUCUGCUGUCUGUUCCUCGAGAUCUUGGCUCUGUUUUGAAUAGCAGGGCUCUGAGAGAAGGCUUCACCAGGCCCCCAAGUCCCAUCUUCAUGUAACAUCAUCUCUCAUCCUUGGCUGAUACGCUUGUCAUCUUAAAGUGAAACUAUUCUGGAGUACCUGCUUCUGCCAAGGAAGAGAGGAACUCCUCUAGGAAAGUUUAAGUAUUUUGAGAAAUUAACCACAUAGAAGCUUCUUCCACUGCUGGUGGGAGUGUAAAUUGUUACAGUCAGUGUAAGAAUAUGUUUGGCAUUAUCCCCAAAGUUUCAAAUGAACACAUUGCAUGUGUACUCCUAACCAGCUGGAAUGCAUCCACAAAUUCACCAAAGACACGGACGAGAAUGUUCACGGCAGCUCCCUUCUUCUGAACAAAUGGAAGCUGCCAAAUCCUUCCCAUCUACAGAACAGAUAAACUGUGGUGUGCUUGCUUGGUAAGAUACACUCAGCAAGGGGAGCUGACGGAGGAGGCCACCGCCCAGCCGAAGACGCGUCUCAGCCGGCGUAGUCGUGGUUCCCGCGGUGUGUGAGUGAGCCCGGGCCCGGUCCCCUCUCCCGCCGCCGCCAUGGGCUGCACGUUGAGCGCCGAGGACAAGGCGGCGGUGGAACGGAGCAAGAUGAUUGACCGCAACUUGCGGGAGGACGGGGAGAAAGCGGCCAAAGAAGUGAAGCUGCUGCUUCUCGGUGCUGGAGAAUCUGGUAAAAGUACCAUUGUGAAACAGAUGAAAAUCAUUCAUGAGGAUGGCUAUUCAGAGGACGAAUGUAAACAGUAUAAAGUAGUUGUCUACAGCAAUACUAUUCAGUCCAUCAUUGCAAUCAUAAGAGCCAUGGGACGGUUAAAGAUUGAUUUUGGGGAAGCUGCCAGAGCAGAUGACGCCCGACAGUUAUUUGUCCUAGCUGGCAGUGCUGAAGAAGGGGUCAUGACUUCAGAACUUGCAGGCGUGAUUAAACGGCUCUGGCGAGAUGGUGGGGUGCAGGCAUGUUUCAGCAGGUCCAGGGAAUAUCAGCUCAAUGACUCUGCGGUUGUCUAG